AUGAAAUUCAGCUAUGAGCUGGAGUACAACGCCUUUGGCCCAUGGCAUGAUGGUUAUGUUAAUUAUAAACGACUCAAGAAGCUUAUUAAAGAACAACGUCAUGACCUGGAGGGAACAGGAAUAACCCCGACUCAUGUGGCUUGGCAGGAAUUCAGUGAGGAAGUACUGUCGGAGUUGGAAAGAAUCCUUUCGAGGUUGGCGUCGUGGAUGGAGGAUCUCCUCGGUGAGGCAGCUGUGGUUGCCGAUCCGAAGGUACACCCGAAGUACAGGAAAUCCUGUGCGGAAAUCUACUUAGAGUUGAACGAGUUAUGCAACUUCGUCCGCCUCAAUUCGGAGGGCGCCAGAAAGCUUGUGAAAAAAUUCGACAAGUUCCACGGUACUGCGCACCGUGCUGAGUUCCUCGUCGGCUGUGCAGCUCUCUGUGAGAUGACCGAUAUGGUCCAAACGGAAGUCUUGCCCAUGAUAAACUCCAUCCAGAAGAGUUAUGCUGCGAGCUUCUGUGGUGGUGAUAAGGCAACUGCUGUGGACGAGUUGUCUCAAGCAUUAUCAGAGAUGUUGGUUUGGGACCGCGGUACGGUAUGGCAUGAUUUAAUAAGGCUCGAGAGGUAA